AUGUCUCUCUUCAACAGCGGCGAGAAGGACAGUGGAAACGCGGGCAUCCACGUGCAGCGGCUGCCGUAUGGCACAUUGAGCUCGAGCGGCACAGGGAGAGGCGUCACUGUGUACGUGGUGGACUCUGGGGUGCGCCUGUCGCACCAGGAAUUUGUCAGUGAGCUCACUGGCCAGCGGCGCGCAACAUUUGGGAUUGACUACGUGGGCAACUUCACUCAGGACUCUCCGACUCACGACUGCGAUGGGCAUGGAACCCAUGUUGCUGCCACUGCUGUGGGAAGAAAUGUUGGCGUUGCAAAAGAAGCCAAUGUUGUGGCCGUGCGAGUGCUCGACUGCGAGGGCACUGGGACUAUCAGCGACCUUGUUGCAGGCCUGGACUGGGUUGGCCGUGUAGCAAAGCCUCCAGCCGUUGCGACGCUCUCACUGGGAGUGCCAGUCGGUGAGUGGUCGCGCUCUCUGGAGGAGGCUGCCAGGAGCCUGAUCCGCCAGUACAACAUCUCAGUCGUGGUGGCUUCUGGCAACAGUGAUGUGGACUCCUGCUAUAUUGCGCCAGCGGAUGUUGGAGAAACAAUCAGCGUCGCCGGUUCAGAUCUGGGAACCAAGUUCAAUACGACCAGCUUUGGCGAUGUUGAAGGGUUCUACAGUUACAGCAACACAGGCAGCUGCGUGGACGUUUUGGCACCAGGGGUGGAUGUGUACUCAGCUUGCGGUGGUUCCUUCCGGUGUGCGCAAGUCAAUGACAGCUCCUACACUUGGGGCAGUGGCACAUCGAUGGCAGCCCCACAUGUGGCUGGCGUGGCGGCCAUCUAUCUGCAGGACCACCCGCAGGCCCAGCCAGCAGAGGUGAAGAGCGUGCUGAUAGCCGCGGCCACAAAAGCCACUCUGAAUCUGUCGGGGUCGCGGCCCGGGACGCCAAACCGGCUGCUAUAUUCCAACCUGCAAGGCAAUGACUUCGUGACUGCCUCCAGCGGGCCCCCCACGCAAAACACCACAUCCAGUUACAAUGGCCUUGGUUCAGUGGCGCCCUAG